AUCACAUCUGUACUUUUUAGAAAUGUCUUUUUGAAAAUAUUUUCUAUUUUGGAUCAAAAUAAUGAUCUAAUUUAAGAAUGAUAGCAUAUCAUAGUCUGAUUAUACUGGUUCUGUUAAAUCGAUCAAACUGUUUAGAAUUUACAAUCGGUGCAUUGUUAAGUGAUGAUGAGGUUAUUUCUGGUUUUAAAAGGAUGGUUUCAUCCGUCAGGGAUAGCGUUUAUGAUGAUGCAAUCACUUUCAAAGCUGCCGGAGAGACUCUUGCUCUAAAUGCUCUUAAAGCGACAAAUCAGGUCUGUAACCUGUUCAAUUCUUCAGAGGGUCGAAUGUUUGCUCUAAUAAUCUCCCAUCCAAAUGGAGCACCUGGAUCUGCACCUUUAUCCGUGUCAUUUACCUGUGCAUUUUAUCACCUACCGGUUAUUGGAGUUAGUGCAAGGCACUCAAUUUUCAGUGACAAGUACAGCCAUGGCAGCUUUCUCCGUACAGUUCCACCAUUCAGCAAUGAAGCAUCUGUUUGGGUUGAUUUAAUAAAAGCGUUUGGUUGGCGCGAAGUCUGUGUAAUUCAUUCAGAUGACCAUGAUGCCAAAAAGGUGUUGUCGUACUUAGAGUCCGCUUCUCAAAGAGGAAUAGACUUCAAGAUUACUCGUCAAGUUGCUAUCAAUACAGAUGAAGAGGAUGCUGCUCAAAUGAAGGAUUUUAUCAGUCUCUUGCAACCAGUUCGAAACGAACAAACACGAGUUAUUUUGCUGUUUUUACGCUGCAAGUUUGCAGAGUAUGUGUUUUUGGCUGCACGUAAACUGGGCAUGCUGGAGGCAGAAUGGGCUUGGAUUGUCACUGAACAGGCUUUGGAUGCUUCAAAUAUACCAAAUGGUGUGAUUGGUGUCCGGUUACUUCAAGUUACCGAACUAGAUCACGUUGCCGAUGCAGUCAGAAUCGCCACACAGAGCAUUCUUCACUUAGUUCGUACUGAUUAUGAUGCGAUGAAACAUCUUUACUCAGUUAAAGCAUGUAGUGAUAAUCCUUCAGAAAUUCAAUCAAAAUCAAAGCUACCUGGUAAAUCGACCUAUAUGUGGAAGGAUUACGCAGCCAAACUCUUCCGAGACAUGUUAGCAAUGAAUUUAACUGAUGGUCGAACUGGUCAUUUGGAAUUCAAUGAAUAUGGUGAUCGUAUUAAACCAAUUUAUGAUAUUGUAAAUGCUCAAAUAACUAAUCAGGACAUAAAUAAUUUAUCUGCACAAAAAUCAUUUGAGUUUGAACGGCCAACAUUGGUUUCUGUUGGAAGUUACGGUGUACAUCAACCAACCCCUAUGGAAUGGUUAUCUGAUGAACCUCAUCCUUCUCUGUUGUCAAUCAAUUUAAGUAAAUUAAUUUGGCCGGGUAAUAGUAUUGUAAAACGUCAACAGUUGGUAUGUAUACAACGUGCUAAUGAUGGAAAAUGUCAAAAAACUGAAAAACGACUGGUACAUGCAGCACCGAUUAGUUUUAAAAAGAAAACACAUUUAAAAGUUGUAACUAUUGAAAGUAUACCAUUCGUACAAACUCGUCCAAAAUUAACUGAUAAGUGUAAUGAAUCUGAUGAUCCCUUAGUUUUUAAAACUGAAAUUGAAUGUACUCAUACUGACCCGACUACUGGCGUCAAGAAACAUUAUUGCUGUUAUGGUUAUUGUAUUGAUCUUCUCCGAUUAUUGGCUAAUAGGACUGGACUAGAAUUAACUUCUACACCAUUCACAUAUGAUUUACAUUUAGUUGGUGAUGGACAAAUAGGUGAUGUUGAUGAAAAUGAAACACAUAAAUGGACUGGUAUUAUUGGUGAAAUUUUGUCUGGUACAGCUGACCUAGCUGUUGCACCAGUCUCUAUUACACCGGAAAGAGCUGCACGAGUUGAAUUCACUAAGCCAUUCAAAUAUUUGGGAAUAACUAUUCUAGUGAAACGAGAACGUGCUCGAUCCAAUCUUGGUUCAUUUCUUCAACCUUUUGAAAGUUCACUAUGGGUUCUUGUAGCCUUGUCUGUACAUGUUGUCGCUUUUGUAUUAUAUUUGCUCGAUCACUUUUCACCAUUUAGUCGAACAAACUCUGAUCUUGAUAUGUCUGUCGAUGGUAGUGGCAGUCAUUCAACUUUACGCCAGUUUGAUAAUGAAAAACAAACUAAUGACAAAAAUACACUAACUCUAACUCACCUGCGACAACAACAACAAAAAGAAGACGAAGAAGGUAUGAAUUUAAGUAGUGCAGUGUACUUUGCUUGGGCUGUAUUAUUAAAUUCUGGGAUUGGUGAAGGUACUCCACAUUCAUUUAGUGCUCGUGUUCUUGGAAUGGUAUGGGCUGGAUUCGCUAUGAUAAUAGUAGCUAGUUAUACAGCCAAUUUGGCUGCAUUUCUUGUUUUGGAUAGACCUGAAGCGUCUAUUUCUGGAAUUGAUGACGUUCGACUUCGCAAUCCUCAAAAAGAUUUUCUAUUUGCAACGAUUCGUGGUAGUCCUGUAGAAAUGUAUUUUAAACGACAAGUUGAAUUCGCUACCAUGUAUCGUGUAAUGGAAACAAAUAAUUAUGAUUCAGUAGAAGAAGCAAUUCAAGCCAUUAAAUCUGGCUCACUUAAAGCUUUCAUAUGGGAUUCAGCAAGAUUAAAUUAUGAAGUUUCCAUUGAUUGUGAAUUGAUUACUGCUGGUGAGGUAUUUGGUCGUAAUAGUUAUGGCUUAGUAAUGAAAAAAAAUAAUCCCUGGUUAUACGAAUUGUCACAAGCAGUGUUAAAUUUUCAUGAAAGAGGUAUAAUGGAAACAUUGGAUACCAAAUGGAUACAUAUCAAAUCCAAUAACUGUGAACGAACUGAAUCAAGUCCAGCAACUUUAGGUUUAACCAAUAUGGCUGGUGUAUUUAUCAUGAUUGGUAUGGGGUUAGUAGCUGGGGCUAUACUGACGUUUGUUGAGGUAUUGUGUACGAAACGUAAAUGUGAACAAAAGAAAAAACAUGAACUAUCCACUUCAACAAUACAACAAUGGCGAGAUGCUGUGCAGAAGCGUCAAAAUGAAAGAUAUUUUAUGAACACUAUGGAUAAACAAAUGCAAUUAUGUCACAAUACAGAAAUAUCCUUUGACGAUGUCAUUCACCACUCAGUUGCUGUUGAUAAAAAUAAUUUAGACUCGUCUUCUAUUUAUUGUACUAAUAUGAAAGAUAAACAAUCAAAUAAUCCCAAACCUAAUCUUUCAAUGAAUAUGAAGGAAAAAUAUUCAGUUAUAGAAGAUGAUUUAUUGUCCACUAAAGGUCGAAUAACUCGUAAGCGUAAAGCUAGUGAUUAUAGCUGUGAUGAUGAUGAUGAUGAUGGUGACAAUGAUGCGUUAGACAGUUCACUAUCUUUUGCUAUGCAAACCUCAAAAAAUAAUUUGAAACAAAUAAGCGAAAAGUAUUGUGUUACUACUUAUCGUUGCGAUCAAGUUAACAAUCAUGAGAAUAAUGAUAACGUUGGGCUGGAACAAGAGGAAGACCAGGUAGGACAGGAGGGUUACGAAGAAGAAGAGUUUAGUGAACUUAUUCAUCGCUCUGGUACUUUUACUGCUAAUAAUAAUAUGAACAAUAUCAAUCAUUACCAAAGAUCAAAUAUUAUUUCAGCUGGAAGAAAAAAGUUCAUCAUUUUCAGUAUGAAGGUUGAGGAGAUUGUCGAAUUUUAUUUUAGAUCACGAGUAAGAAUCUUUUGUGAAAUUUUCGACAAAAUAUGGAUUGAUCAUUAACAUUUGUAUUUUAUUGUUAUAUUUGCUAUUGAACUCAAAAUGUUAUUAUUUGAAGGAGAACCAGCUUUAUUCUUUUUAUUUAUCAUAUCAACAUUGAGUUUAUUGAUUGGUGGUUGCUUAUGGGGAUCAGGCGAAGAUGAAGGUGCAGUAACUAAAAUGACUAUUGGCAUCGUAAUAUUUACUAUAGGAUGUGCUACUACCGUAGCAUUUUUUGUUACAUACACGAUAAAACAAAUUAGAAAAAAACGGAAACGCAAAAAGGAAAUUGAACGUAUUUUACAAUUAAAAGAAGAAGUCAAUGCAUAUGAAGUAUAUAAACCACAAAUCAGUAAAAUGACCGAUGAAGGUUAUGAUAAUGAAGGUAUAGAUCAUAAUGAACGGACAACAACUCUUUAACUAUCACUAAUUAUCAAUAACAGCAUACUUACAUGAGCGUUUGCACAGCAUAGAUCCAUUGAAAACUUUCGAAAUUUAUUAAUCGUGCUAUUAUCUCUUGACUAUUUAUUGUUUAGAUUAUGUCUUUUUCCAUCUAUUGCUAACUAUCGAAUAUUUUCAAUGAAAAUAAAAUGAGAAUGUUAAUACUAAUUCGAACCUUAUGAUAAUUUUUAAAAUUUCGGAUUUCAACUAUUUUCUACAAACAUUUUCCUACAAUUUACUUUUGGAACGUUUAUACCAAUCGUUAUGUCCAUUUUCAAUGUGAGUAUUUGUAUGAAUUUCCAGUGAAUGAAAUGAUCCCUGUCUCUUUUUUUAAAAGUACACUUUAAUUCCACGGCUGUGAUUCAUUACUUGUUUAUUGUUUUAAAUUUUUAUGUAUAUUUUAUGAGAUAUAAAGUAUCCUUUUUAACCAUCAGAAUUUUUUGUUUUGAAAGAAAGUAAACUUGUAUACAAAACCGAUAGCUAGUAGAAUUAAUUCCCCGUGUUCUUAUUUGAUUAACGAUUUGAUUAGUGAAUGUAUUCUGCGAUUACAACUAUAUAAAGUGUGAAAACAUAUUCUGAACAGACAAUCGUAAAUGGUAAUCUUGGGUAAAGAUUAAAAUUACGUUUCUAUGAGCCUGUACAUUAUUUCUAACUAAUAUUAAUUACCUAUUACUAGUCAAAUUGUGCUUGAUUAUUUGACCUUUGAGUGAAUCAUAGAAAUACGACCAACAUUGGUACUGAUUACUGUAAAAUGAUCAAUUAGCUUGUCUAUUUAGCUAAGCUAGGAUCAUUAUUUUUGACAAAGGUUGUGGCUUAGUGGUUGAGGCAUCCGAUCAUCAGCUGCUAAGUUGCAUUUUUGAAUAGUGAUAUUAAUGAAACAGUUUUGGCAGUAUGUAUAAGUAUUUUAAUUAUUUUUGGUCCUAGAGUUGAUUAUUAUUAUUCAGUUACAUCAUUCACGGUUUCACGCAGUAUCUAACCUAAAUUAUUAGCAGACUUCUGUAGAUGCUUGUUGCUUCUUGAGUUCUUUUAAAUAUUCAUUAGCUCCGUUUUUAGCGCAUGGGCAGGAAAUAACUUGCGUGCUGUGAGGUAAUUU